AUGUGGGUCUAUGUGCCUACGGACUCUGGAAUUCGCUCGAUUUACUCUGCAAUUGCGGACGCUGGGACGGUAAAAAGACUAAAGAUCCGCCCCGAGUGUGAUUUCCUCGUUGAAGAUGUGAGCGACGUGUUUGAAGAGCCAAUGACUCCGGCGCAUUGGUGCUGGCUGGCGUAUGCGCUGUGGAGUAGAGCGGCAAAGCCGAAUAUUCGAAAGCUGGAUUUACAGGCUAUAACGUUGACGGAUAAAGAUGUAUCUGCCAUCGAAAAUGUGCUACAAAGUAGCUACCCCGAUCCUGCAACCCGAGGUAGUCAUGAAAACGAAUCCCAGCUUCCACAAUAUGGGUACGUAACUGUUCAAGCGGGAACUGAAGUAGUAUCGGUGGACUGUGAGGAUGCCGUUCUCGUUAUGGCUAGCAAUUGUCGCUGCAGAGCGCUUUAUGAUCCUUCUACGAUAGUGAUCCCAGGCUAUGGGAUAUGCAAAGCGAAGCUAAUGGAUGGUCAUAAGUCGUUCGUGGCGGAUCCUCCAGUGCCCCCGGGAGUUUUCUGA